AGAGCCGAUCGGCUGGCGGGCGGCGGGAUCCGACGUCGGCGCUGGACCUGCUUGACUGAACCUAGCGUCGCGCUGGUGACCGGGGCUGCGCGGCCCGGGUUCACGGUCGGGUCGCUCAGGAGAGCAGGAACUAGCGGCGGCCGGCCGCACGGGCAGGAUGGGGAACAGGGAGAUGGAGGAGCUGAUACCUCUGGUGAACCGUCUGCAGGACGCCUUCUCGGCGCUGGGACAGAGCUGCCUGCUGGAGCUGCCGCAGAUCGCCGUGGUGGGCGGCCAGAGCGCCGGCAAGAGCUCGGUGCUCGAGAACUUCGUGGGCAGGGACUUUCUCCCUCGAGGGUCAGGCAUUGUAACGAGACGGCCUCUUGUACUGCAACUUGUUACUUCCAAAGCAGAAUAUGCUGAAUUUCUACAUUGCAAAGGGAAAAAAUUUACAGAUUUUGAUGAAGUUCGCCAUGAGAUUGAAGCUGAAACAGAUCGAGUGACUGGAAUGAAUAAAGGCAUUUCAUCCAUACCCAUUAAUUUACGAGUGUAUUCUCCACAUGUGUUAAACCUAACCCUUAUUGACCUACCUGGAAUUACUAAAGUGCCUGUGGGAGAUCAACCACCAGAUAUUGAGUAUCAGAUCAGAGAAAUGAUUAUGCAGUUCAUUACCAGGGAGAAUUGUCUGAUUUUGGCUGUUACCCCAGCCAACACCGAUCUUGCCAACUCAGAUGCAUUGAAGCUAGCUAAAGAAGUUGAUCCUCAAGGUCUGAGAACCAUUGGAGUCAUCACCAAGCUGGAUCUUAUGGAUGAAGGAACAGAUGCCAGGGAUGUUUUAGAGAACAAGCUGCUGCCUCUACGCAGGGGUUAUGUGGGGGUGGUAAACAGAAGUCAGAAGGACAUAGACGGGAAGAAGGACAUUAAAGCUGCCAUGUUGGCAGAAAGGAAAUUUUUUCUUUCGCACCCGGCUUACAGACACAUUGCUGAUCGAAUGGGGACCCCACACUUGCAGAAGGUCCUGAAUCAGCAACUCACCAACCACAUUCGAGAUACCUUGCCAAAUUUCAGGAACAAACUACAGGGACAGUUGCUCUCCAUAGAACAUGAGGUAGAAGCCUACAAAAACUUCAAGCCAGAAGACCCCACCAGGAAGACCAAAGCCUUGCUGCAGAUGGUUCAGCAGUUUGCUGUGGACUUUGAGAAGAGAAUUGAAGGGUCGGGGGAUCAAGUCGAUACUCUGGAACUCUCGGGGGGUGCUAAAAUCAAUCGUAUUUUCCAUGAACGCUUUCCUUUUGAAAUAGUAAAGAUGGAGUUCAAUGAGAAAGAAUUACGAAGAGAAAUAAGCUAUGCAAUCAAAAACAUACAUGGUAUCAGGACAGGAUUGUUUACUCCAGACAUGGCAUUUGAAGCAAUUGUCAAAAAACAAAUUGUAAAGCUGAAAGGGCCUUCCUUGAAGAGUGUAGAUCUGGUAAUGCAAGAAUUAAUCAACACUGUCAAGAAGUGUACCAAAAAAUUGGCAAAUUUUCCCAGACUCUGCGAGGAAACAGAGAGGAUUGUUGCUAACCACAUCCGUGAGCGAGAAGGGAAGACAAAGGACCAGGUGCUGUUGUUGAUUGACAUCCAAGUCUCCUAUAUCAACACCAAUCAUGAAGAUUUCAUUGGCUUUGCAAAUGCUCAGCAGAGGAGCAGUCAGGUUCACAAGAAAAACACAAUUGGAAAUCAGGGAACCAAUCUUCCGCCUUCAAGGCAAAUUGUGAUUCGCAAAGGGUGGUUAACCAUCAGCAAUAUUGGCAUCAUGAAAGGAGGAUCUAAAGGAUACUGGUUUGUCCUUACUGCUGAAAGCUUGUCCUGGUAUAAAGAUGAUGAGGAAAAAGAAAAGAAGUACAUGCUCCCCUUGGACAACCUGAAAGUUCGGGAUGUGGAAAAGAGCUUUAUGUCUAGCAAGCACAUCUUUGCACUCUUUAACACAGAACAAAGGAAUGUAUACAAAGACUAUCGCUUCCUUGAGCUGGCUUGCGAUUCACAGGAGGACGUGGACAGCUGGAAGGCAUCGCUACUAAGAGCUGGGGUUUAUCCUGAUAAGUCUUUAACUGACAAUGAUGAGAAUGGCCAAGCAGAAAACUUUUCCAUGGACCCACAGCUGGAGAGGCAAGUGGAGACCAUUCGCAACCUUGUAGACUCCUACAUGUCUAUCAUCAACAAGUGUAUCCGAGAUCUGAUUCCAAAAACGAUAAUGCACCUUAUGAUCAAUAAUGUUAAAGACUUCAUAAAUUCAGAGCUCCUAGCACAGUUGUAUUCUUCAGAGGACCAAAAUACUCUGAUGGAGGAAUCUGCUGAGCAGGCUCAGCGCAGAGACGAGAUGCUGCGAAUGUACCAAGCCCUGAAAGAAGCCCUUGUGAUCAUUGGCGACAUCAACACUGCCACCACCUUCACCCCUGCACCACCUCCUGUGGACGACUCCUGGAUACAGCACACCCGCAGGUCACCCCCUCCAAGUCCCACCACCCAAAGGAGGCCGACACUGAGCGCUCCUCUCCCUCGGCCUACAUCUGGCCGCGGGCCUGCUCCAGCCAUCCCCUCUCCCGGCCCCCACUCAGGGGCUCCCCCAGUUCCUUUCCGGCCUGGCCCAUUACCCCCUUUUCCCAACAGCAGCGACUCCUUUGGAGCCCCUCCACAAGUUCCCUCUCGGCCCACAAGGGCCCCACCCAGUGUCCCGAGCCGGAGACCACCCCCAUCACCAACUCGUCCCACUAUAAUACGUCCACUAGAAUCCUCCCUGUUAGACUAAAACGAAGUGUCUGGCAUGGCAAUUAAUUACUAAUGAGUUAUGCGAAAGCAACACAUUUGAUAAGCGCUGCAGUAAAUCAUGAGUGUCGCAUGUGGGACAUCAGUAGGCAAGUAACCCGUUUCACUAAUGCGUUCAUCACUCAUCUCCAUUGCUCAUGAUGUGUCAGACCUCGGGGGUUUGACUCUUGAAAACUGCUGAACCAUCAAGGCUUUCUAGUUGAAUUGACCAAGGUAGGUUUGUACCGCAACCCUACACUUUGGGGAACAUUUGCCUACUUGGGCAUAUGUUUGGAGUUGCUUUGGGCAAGCUUCCCCGGUUACCAUCAGGUAACCUAUUAAAUAUAAUUUUUCAGUGAUAUGAGGUGGUGGGCUUGCAUCAACUAAGCCAUAAGUAUUCUCCCACAUUCCACUUUGGCCGACAGAAAUUAUGUUGGCUAUUACUAAAGUUUCUGCCUGCCCCAUGAUUACCUAUGUAUUAGUUACUUUCUCCUUCCUUUUUAUUUCAGGAGACUGCUAGGAAGUGAUAUUUUUAAAUUAGGAUUCCUUAAGAUUAAACUUUUCCAGAAGCACAAGGUAGUUUACAAAGGAAAAGUUAAUGCGUUGCUCGCUCUAGAGAGCUUCUCAUGCAAAUACGUUUUUGCUUCAUGCUAGAAGCAUAUUGAACAGCGAGUUGAAACAUUGUUUUGGUUUUUUUUUUUUUUUUUUUUUGGUACUCUGUCGGUUUGGCUAAUUAGCUUCAGAGUUCAAGGAAGAAGCAAAACAUCACAUCUCUGAAAGUAUCUGGGAAAAAUGUAAUUUCUUUAUUCACUCACAUUUUCAGCUUCUUGUAGUUACAGUGAAGGCUGACACAGAAAAUAUUUAACUUUUCAUAAUGAUCUAAUUUUAUGCAUGACUAACUACACUUUGACACUAACUCCAGUUUAUUUAAUUUAUUUGAUUGGAGCAAAAGUAUUUCUCUUUCCAUGCUAAUAUGUAAUUCCCUUAUGUAAAAAGUUAUCCUCCCUUUAAAACAGGCAUAAUAUAACUUUUUCUCCACUCUAGACUUUCUUAAUAAAUCUUGAGCCUGACCAUAGUAAGGCAAACCUAUUUAAAGAAUGGGACCUGGAAUGGAAAGAAAAGUCAUCUAGUAGAGACGCCGUGAUUUAAAAGCAGAGCUAUGGGUUGUACAGUUGUACAGCUUCAGGUCUUCAUCCAGGUCAUUCCUGAGACCAGCAUUAAGACAGACGAAAGCAAAUUGGUAAUUUCUAACAUUUCCAAAAUUUACAAAAGCAGUUUAGCCAGGGGGUUAAUAGUUCAGCCUUGAGACUGAGUUUUGGACUACCUAGCACCGGGCGAUUAGCAUGUAGGAAACAGCCAGAAGCCAAGAGGGAUUUUGUCUGCUAACUGUUCCCAGACAGCAGACCAAGCACUCACUGAGCAGCGGCGUCCCAUGACGCUGGUUCAUAUUGUACAGAAGUACUUCAGGUUUCACCAACAGGAAUGUCUCCCUUUGAAAGCAGCAAACAUGAUUUGUAUGUUAACUUUAAUUUCCUGUGCAGUUUAUACCCACAGCAGACACCCAUAAAGUAUGAAUUAAAAGCUUUUAACCAUUAUUAAAAAGAGAACUUGCCAAGUUGAAUGGCAUUGUAUUGAACCUACUCUAAAGGGUUGUAACUAGCCCACUUAUCAUAGGCAAAAAUCAGAGAAUACAAGAUUUAUAAAGGAGCACUUCACCUUUUAAGUUAGAAGUGAUUUUAUAAAGAACACCACCCUGAAUCACCUCAUAUAUUAUUUUUCUCAUUGGAGGAAAUAAAAUUGAAUCUUUGAGAAUGGAAUGGAUGUGCAAGAUACAUACUGCAUUUUAAAACAGGCUCGCAGCUAAGUGGAAAUAUGUUAAGUAAACAUCUAGAGUAAAAUGAAAAAUAUACAGUGAGAUCUUUCAUACAAUUCUCUCUUUUUUAGGAUUCCCUUUGCUUCUUCCUUUGAGUUCUCUAAAAUAGGCAGCUAAUGGAAUAUAUACUUCAGGGUUUGGCUUUGUGCUAAAUGUGGUUUUGCGUUUUGCUGUAUUUCAAAAUUUCCUUCUGUUAAAGGAAAAUAUUUUGGAUAACCACUGGGGCAUUCUUAGAUCAGCACAAACCAUGUCAAAGAAAACUGGAGAUUUUUUUUUCCAAGUUUCUUUCCACUGACCUUAUGCAGUCAUAAACAGUGGCAUUUGUCAUCUUUGGCUUUUGCUCUCAGAUUGUAGUCCCACAGUUUCAUUGUCCCAUUCGUCUCUCUUUGUGGUGCAUUUUUGUUCUCUUUUACCUCCAAGUUAUUUCUAGUAGAACCCAGCUUCCCCAGGGAAUGCAGCAAUCAUUUUGGAGAAUAUUUUCAGUUUGCUGCAGUCCUCUAUCAUAGUAAUAGUAUGAGUCUCAUUUCCCAAAGGAUUUGCAUCCUGCUAAAAGGAGAUGUCGGUGUGAAUGAAGAUGGAAGAUCUAAGAUAUGUGUAGUUUGAAGUGCAGCAUUCAUAUAAGGGCUUACGACAGGAAUGUAGCUUAUUGAAUUUUCUAAGCAUAUCCUGUGUCACUUCUAUUCUUUGGUGUGACUUCCUCUUAACUGAUUUCUCUGAUGUUAGCUACAUAAUUAAUGUAGCCUCAUCAUGUCUAGUAUAAUAAAACAAUACAUAGAGUGUUCUUAGGAUUUGGAAUAAUAAAGUAUAUGUAUUUAUUUGCCAGGUCAAUCUAUUUUAUUGUCACAUGCUACAUCUUGCAUGCAUAUUGACUAUUUGGAAUAGCCAUUUAUUUCAUUGUGGACAGAUUAUUGAACUAGUAUUGAUUUAGAACUGAUAUAUUGAAUUUCUGGGAAUCACCUACCAAGAUAACUCUCCUAAAUAUUGCUUUUAGCUGUGUUUGUAACAUAGAAGAGCAAUAGGGUCUGUUUAUUAGCAAAUUGCCUAGGUGUUCAGAUACAAACUCAUUGUAUUCCAAAACAUUACAAUGAAAUGUUUUGUGAUAUAAAAAUCUUCUGAAGUUAGAAUUUAAAAGUAGCCAUAUAGAUUAAUUUUGACAUUUGACUAUAGACUGUAGCCAUAAUUCUCAAAUAUUAAAUGGGACCUAAUACCAGUAUGUGAUAAAUGUUCACAUUUUCUAUGCAUGUGUCUCUGUGUAUACAAUAUAUGCAUAGUAAAUUCAUUCCUGUAAGUAUAUGUAUGCCCCUUUGGGUAGGUAGGUUUAAAAACACUUGUUAAAAUGCCACAAGCAUGCAUCUAAGUGUAUGUGCUUUGUAUAUAUAUGUAUAUGUAUGGGUAUGAAUAUGUAUACAUGUGGUUUGUAUCUGUGAGUAUUGAUAUAUUUUUAAAAUUGUGCUAAUAACAAGAAGUAGCUUUGGAAGAUCUGCCAUAACAUCAUAACAGUGGUUCAUUUCUGAUAGUGUACAUGAGAUGUACAAAAUUUUCCACAGAUAGUAUUCAUCUGAGAGGCACAAAGCUCAGAAUUACCAUGACAAUAAGGUAGAGCAAAAUCCACAGGCAUUUGUAUCUAAAGCCACAGUACUGCUAAGAAGAAAUUGCCUCUGACACUAGAAUUUGAUAAGAAGUAUAAAAUCUAGGAACUCACCUUUAAGUUCUCUGAUUAGAAUGAUUAAUUAUUCUUGGAUUGCUAAAUUGAAUCAUAAAAAGCUAAUCUGGUCUAGACAGUCAUUUUUUCUCUGUGGUAAAUGUCAAAAAAGUAAAAUAGAGGAAUACAGUAAUGUAAUCAAUGUUGUGGAUUGUUCUGAGUAAAGUUUCUAAAACUCGAAGGACAGCAUUACUUAAUGCCAUGGAGGUAGAUCAUCCAUUGACUCUUACAGGUAAAGAUUUUUCAUUUUGCAAACUGUAUUUGAAUUUGACACCAUUUGAAAAUGACAGAUAUCUCCAUUACAUUCAGAUUUAAAACUUGCUAGUAGGUCUCUGAAGUGUAGAACUUGAUGAUAUAAGAUAAUAUAUGAAACUCAAGCCAUGAGUUUUGUAUCAUUUCACCAAGAGGACUGCUAGCUGGGAACUCAGAGUUUAAUGUGAAUGAAGAGAUUUUAGAGAAACAAUGAUUAGGUCACUAGAUUACUUAAUUCUUUCUUAAAACCUCGAAGUUGUCUUCUAGAAAAUUUUAAGUCAUCCUGUCUAGUUGGCAUGUUUAAAAUUAUGUGGUGCUCUGUAUUGUGAAAUUAAGAUAUUUUGAGGUAUAUGUAGCAUAUGCAUGCUAUUUGUAUAUAGAUGUAAGAACGUGUGUGUGUGAGAGCAAGAGAGAGGAAACUCAAGGAAGAGUCUCCCGUUUAAGAUUUGUUCAUACUGGUAUAUUGGUGACAAUUCUUACCUCUUGGGUAUGGGGUUUUAUACAUGACUCAGCUCAAGGCAUUUCUUUUUAAUUUUCACCCUUGAGUUCCUUAAACUUUGCUCAUUAUAUAAUGUUUUUAAAAAUGAUGAUAAAAUUACUCUGUCUAACUUCUUGUAUUGUCUGUUGCCAAUUUGAUAAAAUUAUUCCUCCCAACCAGAAAUUCUACCAUUACUUGAUUUGUGUUUAAUUUUAUAUGUACAGCCUGGCUUGCUUGUAUGUUUCUUUUCUAUCCCUUUUCUGAAUCAAAUUCCUCUUUUACUUUUUGUAUGAAGAAAGGGUAUACAAAAGCAAAAAUCUUGUCAUCUCUGUUGAUUCCUUAAUGAAUUUGGGCCAGAAUACUUUCCACUGUCUUGGCACUUUCAGGAUUUCUUAAUGCUGAUUUACAGAUGGACUCUGUGAGUGGAGUUUUUGAAGCAAGUUCCUAAAGCCUGUAUCAUUCUUGAAAGUCACAUGUACCUGUUGUGAAAAUGUGAUGCUGUAUUUCUGAACCUGAAAUAAACUAUAACAUUUGAAGGACUCCCCCUUCCUCAUUCUUGUAUAUAUUUGAGUCAUGUCCGUGCAUUUCAGAAAGACGUGAGAGUUGUAAAACUUGUAACUCUUUUGAUCAAAUUGGCCCUGAAAUGCCAAUAUAGAGGAUGGUAGCAUUUGGUAUUAGUGUCAUUAAUUUGGGGAAGGGUAAGAUUUUUGAAGGAAGCAAACUGGACAGAUCAAAGGCAGGAGAAUGGAAGACAUUUUACUCCUGAUUUGAAAUCAUUGCUGACUAGGUUAAAAAAGGACCCCAACCUUCUUACACCUGAAGGGGGUGGUAUAACACUUGCCAAGAGAACUGUAACAUUUGGCCAUUGAUAAGGAAGUGUUCAUGAAAAACCCUAAGAAGUAGAAGGAGGAAGGCUGCUCUGCUGAAAUGUUAGGUCCACAGAAGGCAUUUCUUACAGAGAAUAAUUGGGUCUCCGUGUAUAUUCUUUAGGGAUUAGGGGGAGAAAUGACUGCUUUCACUGUCCCUAAUAUUAAGAGAAUUGAAGUGUUCAGUAGUUGCAUACACUCUUAUCCUGAGUUUCCAGAAAAUAGAGAAAGACUCUUCUGUUAAAAUGGUAAUACAUUCAGACUCCCAGAUGGUGCAUCCAAAAGCAGAAAACAAUAGGGAAUGAAAUCAGGGAAAGGAUGUUGGUUUAUUCUCGCUCUGUGUUCAGGACACACUCAUUGUGAAAAGAUGCAUUGGUAAGAUUUGUGUAAGCUCAUGCUUUCCCAUUGUAAUUUCUUUCUCAUCUGUAUAUCUUCUGUCAGUAAAGUCAUACAUCUUCAAAGAAAACAUCUUAUUGGAAGAGAGAGACAGGAUGAGAAUGUGCUGUCCACUUGUGUUGUAUUUUGUGUGGGUAUAUGAAUGUAUAUUUCACUGCAUGAUUCUAUAUUCAGACAUUUCUAAUGGAAAUCGCCAAAAUUAAAGGAACUUAUUCAACUAUGUGGCACAUUUCCAUUUGUAUUUUUAAAAUUGUUCUGGCAUCAUUAUAGAUGUCUGUUCAAUUUGUUUUCUCAAUUCUGUUCUUCUGCUGGGAUCUUUACAUUUCAUACUGAAAAACAGAUCUGCUGUUUGGGCUAGAUGGACCUCAUCUCCCACUUCCUAGUGGCAUUCCCACUUUUAAGAUCACUGGUUGGUGUUCUUUCGCCCUGGGGCAACCUAAUAAUUGGAAUGCAUGCAAGAGAUGUUGGCAAAACCACAACCUUAAUUCAAUGUUCCUCAAAGUGCAUUCCAUGAGAUCUUAAUGUUUUACACACACAUACACCAAAGUUUUCUUGAUUAAAUAUACUUGGAAAUGAUGACUAAAAACAACAUGAUUCUUUAUAGAAGUUUUAUUAUCAGAUUGCACUGUGAAUCUCCCAGAGAAGAGUAUCUGUGUUUCUCAGACUUUUUGACCAUCCAUACUUUGUUCAGGGAGCACCUUAGAGGACUGUUGUUUGGAACCGCAUACCUUAGGAAAGUGCUUCAUUGGUGGUGGCGGGAGAAGGUACUGAGAGUGACUAUCCCAGCAUGCACUGUCGCUAGCACAAAGUUGGAUGAAGUCAAGCUAUCAGACCUCUCAAGGCAGGAGUCUUCUGGCACUUUGGUGCUUUGUCACAGGGUCUGAUCCAAGGAGGAAGGUCAUAUGGGAACACAGGCACAAAAGCUGACUAGGGACAGACAUGCAGAGAGUCUUAGUGAACUUUUGGAGGGUUUAGAUAAUUUUAAAUAUUUUCUCUCUCAUGCUAAAACACACACACACAUACACACACACACAAACCACACACACAAAGGAACACCUUUAAAUGAAUCACAUUACCCCCAGUAUGUUAUAAAGGAAGGAAUCCAUAAUGAUGUAAAAUUAAAGCUCACCAGAGAAAAACUGAGAGUCCUAUUCUUCCUGUCUUUCUUGUCUCAUUUUCCCAAGCCUUUACGCUCUGGGACCUUAGGUUACCUGAAUGAUGGGUGAAGAAAGCAAGCAGGAAAUGUUUGUGAGAUUGUAGCAGAAAAGAUUUAUAUGAAAGACCUUCUGAGGGACCUCGCCUAAGAAAUGUUAUCAUAAGACCAGAUUGCAGUAUUGAGGGAGAGCCAAGAGAAUGUGGGCAAUUCAUCAUUAUUAUUAAUAACUGAGUCAUUUAUAUAUAUAUGAAUUAUGCCCAUACACCAUACCCAGUAUUCCCUGCCUCUUUAUCUUCCUGUUUUGACCAAACAAUUCUACUAUGAAGUAAUUUUUCCAAAAGCUUAAGAAAGCAUUGCCUGAAAUUAUAAUCUCAAUGAGAUAGAUUUGCUUUAUGAUAAAUAUUAGUAUAAUGAAUGAGCUUUAAAACUUAUUAGCAACUCAGUAUUCCAACUCAGCACCGCAGCUUUCCUGUUGGAAGUGGCAGUAGUUUGAGCUACCUUGGUAGCAUUUCAGAUUAAAAGACCAAAUAUUUUCAGCUCUUGCCAUUAAACACGUCAGUGUUAUGUAAUAAUAUAAAAAAUUCGGGGGGGGGUGGAAACAGUAAAAAUCCAAUUGCCGGGAUCCACGAUAGAAUGAACUCUGAGCCACUACACGGUGUCAUCCACAGCAGUGCUUUUGUGAGGAGAGGAAAUUUAGCUACAUAGGGAGUAAGUGAAAAGAAGAAAGUGGCUGUCUGAGGGGCUACGUGUCACUCCGAUGUCUGAAGCAAACAGUCCAGCUGUCGGUGAAAUAUGUUCUGAGACAUAAAGUUUCUGAUCCUGUUUCUGGAUUAGAACACCAAACAGGAAAGUGCUUUGGCAUCUGCUAACAGAAUGUCCCUUCAGCACUGUGGACUUGUGUUCAGUUUAAUGCCUCACCUCCCCACCCUGCUGAGGUAAUUAAAGUGUUCCAAAGCCCCUUCAGAACUCAAAAAUAGUUUCUGUUUGCCGGGCAGGUGAUAAAUCUCAUUGAGCCUGACAGGAAUUUAAUUACACUUUCUUCAUGAAAACACCAGGGAUACCCAUUACCUGGAUCUCUACAGCUAAAGGCUUGCAGACCCCCCGCAGUUGAAAGGUUACGUACCAAUAACAAGUUCUCCAUCAUUUAAAUGGAUGGGAGGCCUCCUUAGGGUAGCCAGCUUAAAUCAGACCAAAGAAAAAUUGGUCUUAGACUUUGGGGAAAGUGAGAUCGUUGUUUACCACUGCUCAGAAAUAGCCCAGUCGGUUUGGCUCCAUUAAUAUCUCAUUGAAGAUGAAAAAGAAGUUUGUUUUUGUUU